GCUGCCCUGAGUGCCGUGUGGCUGUCGCUGAUGCCUCAGACGGACUUACGUUUUCAGGUGGAGAAGGUUCUUGGAGUUUGCUAAGUUCGUGGGCUGCACGCUGUCUCAAAUAAUUUUAGGGUGUACCUGAUGCUGUAUGCAGGCUGUAAGCCAUAGAAACGUGUUUUGAGUUCUUGCAUGUUCUCCUUUUAUGUUAUAAGAGCGCCUUCGAGGUUCUCUGCUUCCCAGCUCUGAUGUCUGUUGACCUGGUAGGCCUCAGAGUGGGUGUGUGAGAUUGCCCUGGGUUAGGUUGUCUCACUGGGACAGACAGCAGGCUUAUAGGUGAGACUCCUGACUGGACUAGAAAGCAAUGCAUUCUCAAGCAGGGGUUUGUGAAGUUUACUUGAUAAUAAACAGUAAGCUUUAAUCUGCUUCCAGUGCUCCUAUGUAUGUUAAAAUAAGGAAUUGGGCGUAAGGUGAGUUAGAAGAAAGCUCAGUUUUCUUUUUCUUUGAGGGAAUAGCUAUAGGUAACAUGAGGCUUGUUUACUCUGUUGUGCACAAAGCUGCUCUAGGUUACUGCCAUACCAGCUUGCUCUGGUAUUAAUUAAAUGCCUUGUUACUGAAUGUGUCACGGUUGUUUGAUUUCAGCUCACAGGGGAAGUUGUGCUCAGAGGAUUUGGUUUGGGGUAGACGAGGCUUAUCCUCUUAGCAGAGUGUGCACAGCCAGGCGCCCCAUGGGAGGCGUGAUGGAAGCUCCUGGAAGUGCAGCUGCCCACUGACUUCGGUCAGUGCCAUGGCAGGAGCAGGGCUUUGGCUUCCAGCUGACACGCAGGUGAAUGCUGCGUUGUCUGGCUUGCUGUGUGCUGAACCUGGUGUAAUCAGGGUUUCUAUUUGUGGCACAUGGGAUCUCAAUUGACUCGUGCUAAUGUCGGCAAAGCCCAUUACAAUUAGAGUUUGAAUUGAAUUGACAGAGUGCGCUCCAUUUGCUUCCAGGUUCAGCAACUCACAUUAGCAGGCGCCGAGGAAGGUGAUCCGUGUGUGUUUGACCCGGAACCAUGGGACUGUUUGACAAGCUAGCAGGGUGGCUUGGGCUGAAGAAAAAGGAGGUUCAUGUUUUGUGCCUUGGUUUGGACAACAGCGGCAAAACAACGAUCAUCAAUAAACUUAAGCCUUCAAAUGCUCAAACUCAGGACAUUGUUCCAACGAUAGGAUUCAGUAUAGAGAAAUUCAAGACAUCCAGUUUGUCUUUCACAGUAUUUGAUAUGUCAGGCCAAGGCAGAUACAGAAACCUCUGGGAACAUUACUACAAAGAAGGCCAAGCCAUUAUUUUUGUCAUUGAUAGCAGUGACAAAUUAAGAAUGGUUGUGGCCAAAGAAGAACUUGACACUCUUCUGAAUCAUCCAGAUAUUAAGCACCGUCGACUGCCUAUUCUUUUCUUUGCUAACAAGAUGGACCUCAGGGAUGCAAUAUCAUCUGUGAAAGUAUCUCAGUUAUUAUCAUUAGAAAACAUCAAAGACAAGCCUUGGCAUAUCUGUGCCAGUGAUGCUCUUAAAGGGGAAGGCUUACAGGAAGGUGUGGACUGGCUCCAAGAUCAAAUCACACAAUCAGAUGCAAGCAAUGAAGACAUGAGAGAUAAAUAAAAGGUGUAUGGCAUUCUCUGUCACAAACUUUGUUAGCAGCUGAUGAGUUCUCGGAAAGGAAGAAAGGCUUAAAGAAAAUGGAACACUUCAGCUAAAUGUUCUGUGAUGAUUUGUUUCCUUUUAGUAUCUCUUCCGGAAAAAGUAAAUAUAGAUAACAUAGUAUCUCAGGUAUGCUCAUCCAUGAACUAAAUUGAACCGUGUGUCUGGGGAGCAUAUUUUAAACCAAAAAUGUGUAAGUAAUAAGCAUCUGCAUUCAUUUGAGGUUUUUGGUGAUAAUUAGCCAUGGGGCAGUACGCCACUUCUGGGGGGAAAACAGCUUUUGAACAAAUGGGAGUAUUUAUAUUCCUGAGGAAGAGUAGUCAGUACUUCCUGAAAUGAAACUAUAUGAAAUACCUAAAAUAGAGUUCCUACAAACAGUAGGUUUUUUUAACCAUAAGUUUUGACAUUGAGAUUUUUUCAAGUAACCAUCUGCAAUAGACUACUAGAAGAAUAUUUUGAGGUUAACAUGGGUUCAAAUGUUAAAUGCAGCUUUUACAAAUGACUGCAGAUGUUUUAAGGAAUUUCUCAUAAUCAAAUGUUACAAACAUUGUUUUGUGCUAUGUCAUGGUUAUAUUUGCAUUCCCAUCAAUAAAAUUUCAGAUACACAACA